UCGGCUACUUUCCAGAGAGUGUAGCGUACAGCCCUUCAACUUUUCAGUACAAGUAUCGUUAGACUCAGCUUAGUAUAUUAAUUCUAUUCUGCAAUUUGAUGCAUGCUAGCGCUUGUCGAAGUGACCCUUGGACAUGCCAAUUCAAGACUCCCUCAGCCUUGACACAUGUCGAUUGAUUGCAGAAGCAGUGAAGCUCGGAUAUAAUCGUCGUGCUGUGCUAGUCUUGGUGCUCAGUUGGAGUUCCAGUACUUCUGACUCAUCUGAGCAAGUCCAACACGUGACUGGAAUCCGGCGACAGUCCGAGCAAGAGAAGAGGAGCGCCAGUGACAGACCGUGUUCCGGAUUCACAUCGACUCCCGCAGACUUGUCAGACAUGUCACGCAACCUACAAAAGUUUACAAAGCAAGCCAGUGCUGGAGGCUUCACAGCCGAGAAGCUCUUUGGUGCCAUUCCUUCGCUCGUCCUAUGGGGCGGUGCCGCUGGUGCAGGUGUUUUGCUCUACGGACAAGGCGUGCGCAAGUUGCGAAACGACGUCCUCGAGUCUGUGCCCAUUCUCAAGGAUUACUUCAAGUCGACACACGAGGUGCCUGCUUCUGUAAGUGAUCAUCAAUGCUAGGGAGACCCUGCUGACCAGACUAGGACAACCCAUUCUAAGCUACAAUUACGAAAAGCACCGAC